CAGGCGCCGCACUGCGCAGGCGCACGCACAGCGCGCAGGCGCCGCCCAGAAGUGACUUCUCCAAAAAGUGUCUUAGUUCGCGGUCACCUGAGCUCCGGGCGACUCGGCUGCGGCAGGCUUCGCGGAUCCCCGCCCUCCGCGGGUCCUGCCCGGACACCUCGCCCUCCUCUGCGGCCCGUCGCUCCGCCGCCCGCAGCCCUCCAGGGGCCUGCUUUUCCCUCCGGUCCUCUCCAGGUGCGGGCCGGACCGCGCCGAGCUGCCGGGCGCCGUCCCCCACCAUGGCGUCCCUCUUCAAGAAGAAAACCGUGGAUGAUGUAAUAAAGGAACAGAAUCGGGAGUUACGAGGUACACAGAGGGCUAUAAUCAGAGAUCGAGCAGCUUUAGAGAAACAAGAAAAACAGCUGGAAUUAGAAAUUAAGAAAAUGGCCAAGAUUGGUAAUAAAGAGGCAUGCAGAGUGUUAGCCAAGCAGCUGGUACAUCUACGGAAACAGAAAACAAGAACUUUCGCUGUGAGUUCAAAAGUCACUUCUAUGUCCACACAAACAAAAGUGAUGAAUUCCCAGAUGAAGAUGGCUGGAGCCAUGUCUACCACAGCAAAAACAAUGCAGGCAGUUAACAAGAAGAUGGAUCCACAAAAGACAUUACAAACAAUGCAGAAUUUCCAGAAGGAAAACAUGAAAAUGGAAAUGACUGAGGAAAUGAUCAAUGACACACUUGAUGACAUCUUUGAGGGUUCUGAUGAUGAAGAAGAAAGCCAAGAUAUUGUGAAUCAAGUUCUUGAUGAAAUUGGAAUUGAAAUCUCUGGAAAGAUGGCCAAAGCUCCAUCAGCUGCCCGAAGCUUACCAUCUGCCUCGACUUCAAAGGCCACCAUCUCCGAUGAAGAGAUCGAACGGCAGCUCAAGGCUUUAGGAGUAGAUUAGACAAAAAGCCAUAAUAUUUUUCUUACUUAUAAUUAUUUAGUAUCACCAGGCACAGUGCAAAUUCCGUUUACAAAACACUUUUUAUUUUGCAAAAAUGAAGACCAUGAGUAAACAGCUGUUUCCUAACCCAUGGCUGUUUUGAAUCUUUUGCCAAAGAAUGACAGUGAUCCAAAAAUGAGAACAGUUUGGAUUUUAAUUAGAACUGUUUAGGAAUGAUGAUGUGUAAAAGGUUGACUUUUUUUCUGCAUGGCAUAGAGAAAUUAUAUUCAUUACUUAGUGUAGUUUAUGUUCUAAAUCUUUUUACAGUGAAGACAAAAAUCUUGUUAAAGCCACUAGGCAACAACUUAAAGAGACUUGUAAGAAUAUUAAAAGUAUAUCAUUAAUUCUG